CUUAAGUCUCCAAGAAGUGUAGACUCGUAGAACUGAUGUUGUGGAUAUUAGAAGAUCUUCGCUCUUGAUAACUGACUGGCUGCGUGUGUAAGUCGGUAAAAAUGUUUCAAGAGGCUAGUCGGACUCAGACCUGCGCACUACGUGGCGAUUCACCAUGAGCAUACCUGGAUGAGGUCGUUUGCAAAAAGGCCCACCAGGAUGAUUCAUUUACCAACGUAGAUGGUAAAUGUCCGAAGGACGAACAUGCGCGUGCUCGAUGAUGAGCAUUUUUCGCGCGGGCGUUUUCGCGGUUCUGCUCGUGGGUGCGGUCGACACUUCGGGUCAAAAAUUGUUGCGUGUUGAGCGCGAUUCUGCAAGCGAAGUCAUCGGUGGAACGAGUUCUCGUACGAUAGAACUGGAGAUCUUCGGUUUUAUUGGGGGCGACGCCGUCGACAGUGGUCGAAGCAGUCUCGCGGGAGGGGGACCGAGAGCGGCGAGGGGCAGCUUUUCCUCCUCGUUGCUUCAACAGGAGCUGGGCCGCUCGUCAGGAGCCGUCGGGGCGAGUUCUACAAUUGAUAAUGCCCGCGCGGACCAGGGCGACACGCUUGAGCAGACUCCAAUAAUAUUGCCUACCUCGGCGGCCUCUAAUCAAGAAAACCUUGCUGACACUGAGAAGAGAAACAAGCACGAAAUAAAAGUGAGAAUAUACGGCGCAACGCACGUGCUGCACCGCAUAGAAAACGUGCAAUCUUUCCUACCCGGUCGUCGGAAGAGGCGAACAUACACUCGCGGUCAAUCGAUCAUGGAAACGAGACAUCCUCGAGAAAAUCGGGAUUCCUGGCAGGAGAAGCAGAACUUGGACGAGUGCUCUUAUUACCGUGGACCGCGCGGACAGCUAGCGGUGCGCAGUCGUGACGGGUUAGUUGUCGGUGGGAUGUUUCUCGACGGUUCGGACGGAUUUCUCCAUGUACAAAGCGCUGAAAUGUAUGGCCACUUUCAGCAUGAUGAUGGAACUGACUUGGCAUCGACAACGUCUGGGAGUUCUAGCUCGUCGGAAAGCGAGAGCGAGGCAGAAAGCAGCGAUGUCGAUGAAAGCAGCAACGGUACCCGCGACCGUACGUCGGCAGCACUCGCUCACGCUUCAACAGACCCGGGCGUUGAAAAUAGCGGAAAAAAUGCUAACAAGAAUGCGGUAGAAGUAUCGGCAAGAGGAGAUGCACUACUAAUGCGUUCAGAUUUAAGAGAGACUAGUAAGAGCCUGCGCAGACCGUCAUCGUUUCUGGUAGAACAUGAUGUGCAGUGGGCGAGUGCAGUGACUGAAACAAUGGAUGGUAAAGCUGCUGCGCCGGCCGAGAUGAAAGCUAUUCUUGAGAACAAAGCGAGGCGGCAUGGCAAUGUGCGUGAUGACGAGCCGCCUAGUGCUUUCGCGGAUCGCGGUCCAGGUAGUAUGAAAACGGCUGAAGAUGAUAGUAACGCGGAUGCGCUAGCUGCUAGCGCGUUAAGAAGACGUGUAGCCGUCACCAGGUAUCUUUGGGGAAAGGCGGACCAGAAGAGGCCGGCGCCUCCGUCGUUCCUUCAAGAAAAAGCAGAGCAGGAAAAGCGAGAGGAACUAAGAAAAGCGGCGAUUCACCAGCAUACUAGAGAUGCGGUGCGAGAUGUCUUCAGCACUACCAGUAGGACACAUAAUGAUUUUUUGGAAGAAAAAGGAGGAGCUGAUUCUCAUGAAGCUGAUUCUGGUGCUGAGCCAUCCGACGACAUCCGAAAUAGUCACACAGGCCUCUCUCCUACUCAGGAACAACAGCAAGAAGAACCGGAUCGACCCAGCAAAGCACAGCACGAAAAUCGGCCUCAAAGAAGUGGCGCGUUUUAUGCGCGAGAAUUAAGGGUUUCCGAAUUACAUCCCUCACUUCCAUCCUUGGCUCCUUUUCAAGGGGGAAAUAGGUCAAGGAUGUUCUGAAGAAUGCAACUCGGCAACCUCUAAGAGAAGACCCAUCGCAGACCAAUCUGAUUGACAAAAAGGAAGUUUCAUCGCAUCGAACAACCAGCAUUCAGACGACAAGCGUGAAGCCUGCUCUUGCACACGCAGGAGAUCUUAAGGUUACCGACCCGGACACUGGUGACGAAGUCAUACUUGACUCCAUCGCCGGUCUGCAUGACGGAUUUGGUGACCCCGAAGCACCAUCUACCAUCUCUGAUGAUUCCUCGCCGGAGGCUUUUAUGUUGAUAGAAUCAUAUCUUCUAGGGUGCAGCUGUAGUUAUUUCUCGGAGGAUCAUUCAUACUUCAUUAUUGUAGCUCUCGAGGGAUACUGGCUAAGGUCUGGGGUGAGAUUUUCGCAUAAGCAAUAGAACUGCAACUUAACGGCUUUCAUUGUUGACGCAAAAGCCACGGAGGUGUAUGGGGCAGGCAGUUGCUACUUAGGAGACGACGACAUGCACGAGGUGCGCGUCAAUCUUGUUGGUGAUCGCGCAUUUACCGACCGAGUUGCAAUUACGGCCAACAGCAAGGAUUCAGUGUCAUUUUCGACGUUCUUGUACCUUUACUAGAAAACGCCUGAUAAUCUUUUUGUGCAACGCCUGAUAAUCUUUUUGUGCAUACCCAUAGAGUCGUCGCGGACGUCUUUCCCGCAGCAUGGGCGCCUUUAUUUGAGGACACACUAGUUUGGGUUUUUCAUCAUCUUCGCUGAUAGGUUGCUUCUACUAUUAUUAGCUAAACUGUGUACCAUACGCCUACAGUGAAUACAAGACUAGUGGAGCGUUAAGACUAUGGGUGAUCGUCGUCUGAGCACUAGACUGCUGGCUAGUUGUAUGAUCAUGUAGAGCUGCUAGUUUCAAAAAGCCUUAUCCUGAAAAUCGAACUUUCAUCAUUCUGGGAUCGGAUAAGAUUGCUGGGCACUUGCUGACACUGACGCUAUGGCAAGCAAGCUUCGUGUACGAGCAUCAGUUUCAUGUGCGCUUGUCCCCGGGCAAGAUAACGGUGCUCAAAGGCGAUCCGACGAAGUCACUAGACCCGAUUGCUGGAUGCUUGCCGGGCGACGCGACGAAGACUGGGAUUUCCGCUGACCCCAUGUAUCAGAAGCUGCUUUUAAGGCUGUCUACAGCUUUUUUAACAUUCCAUGUACCUAGUAUAGCAUACCACACGGGUACGGCGCAAGAACGGAAGCACGACUCAGUUGAAUCCCCGUGAAAGUUAGGGGGACCACGCAAGGGCGUUGUCAUCAAUGGAGGUAAGAAAGUGAAAUUACCGCUAAGAGUCGCAAUUCCAAAAUCAGGGUACGAGCCUCAGGGUUUGCCGGACGGCUCGAUGACUACACACUUAAUCACAGGAUGUGAUGAAUCCACUGAGAUGGUCGGUCUUGCGCAAAUUAUGUGCUAAAGCUUCCUCGCCAUUGUGCAAAUACGUAGAUUCUUUUCACACGUAUACUACUGCUUUUGCUUGAUUUAUUUUUGUGAUCUGAUCCUCGAUUAUCUACGUUCCUUAGAAGUAUCCCUUUAUUCGUCGAGCUCGAUCACAAUGUCCUUGCAGAUGCAUGUGCUUGAGUUUUUUGGUCUGCUCAUUUUGAAGAUCCUGCAUAGUGCGACCACGACGCAGUGCUUUUUUCAUACUCUCUGCGCGCUACUGUCAGAAGGAUGCGACGGGAGUGUCAUUGUGGACGGGGGCUACGACAUGGCACACCGUAGCACACGAAAUAGGGCAUAAUCUUGGCGCAGAACAUCCCGUUCCCUCAUUGACGUCGAAUGUGACAGUCGAAACAUACGGUGGCGUCGCGACAAUAAACGCUGGUCUCAUGGGUUACGGGGAUGGUCGACAUGAGGGCGUAUUUUUAUGAGGGCCAAAUGAUCCACAGAGUUUAAACUGCUAAACACAUUGGAGCCCUGAGACCAAGACUCUGGUGAGGUGAAGAAAACUGAGCUUUGCUAACAAGUACAACUUGCCCACGACGAUUCGUAGGCUACUUGUUUUAAUAACUCGCCUGAAAGACAUUAAGUAGACCUUUUUCAUUCUGUGAAUUUUUCAACGACUACCAAGAGACCGUUGUGCCGAAUAACAAGCGCAUGUGUAUGGCUUUCGACCAGAUGGCAAAAGCAGCGAAGGGCACGCGAUUCGGUGAGUGCAUUUACCAAUACCAUACGGAGCCUGGCAUGAAGUGCUCGAGGCUAAGUUACCUCUGCGGUGCAGACGCCUACUGCAAUCCCUACACCAACAAAUGCGAACCAGGUCGGAUCAUAAAACCUGUAGCGUGUGGUGGUCAAGGCAACGUUUGUCAAAACGGACGAACAGACUUUAGCUUGGCAUGCGAUGGGAAAUGGGACACCUAUUGGUACAGUGAUUGCACUUAGGGUUGUGAGAUUGUGGAUGUACAAUUGUGUACUUAAUCUAUUUUGAUUCCACGUUUUGUAUCAUCUUUUUUGAGUGACUUUCUUCAAAGUAAUCAUGAUAGACAGCGUUUGAUCAUCAGUAUGAAACCUUUCGCUUUCAUAUUAUCUCGCCGCAAAUUUUUAUUAUCGAUAUUGGCGAGGAGCGCAAGGUGGACCGGCUAGACCUUUUUGGAGUCCUCAAUGAUCAUUUUCCGCGUCGCUGGCGAUUUUGGGCUUGCCCUAACGAACUUAGUGCUGAGAAUAUGAACUGUGAUGGCGGCGAGGUAAUUUACGACCGAACUGUGGAAUACAUCGACUCGGUCUCACACAUUAUGGGCUAUAGAUAAGAGGAAAUUCAUUACGGAAUCGUUGCCGUAAUUUGGCUUUUCAGUAGCAAAAAGACGUACGGGAAAGGAAACCAGUAUUGAAGUGGUGACACGAGCCUUCCUUGAAACGUAGGUGCUUCUUCCUUCUUCAUCGUGGGCUACUACUACCGGGACUGGUACAAAUCGUUGGGUGCCAUGUAUAGCUUCGCGCUGACUCCAUCGGUGCGGCGAUGGCGGUACUUCACAUUGGAGGUUCUUGAUAGCGCACCUGUGAAGCCAAGCCGCUUUGAGUCCGGUGGAGCACCUUAUUUACGGGCUGUCGUUCUUGAGCAAAACUCUGUCGUUUGAUGUAAAGAAUACAAUAUGAUCUUUUUAUGUGGAGUUCUGGAACCCUUACUUUAACACUGUCAUGAAUUCAUCGACACACGACCACCUCUUAUGUCACGACUCAUUCGUCGUCCUUGUCUGUGCACGAACUAGUAAGUACCUCCUUUAAAUUUUGCGGCGCCUGAACUCGAGUUUCCGUGGUGUCCGGAUGGACCGGAGGGACAGGGGCACGGUGACGCAACGCCGGAGUCUCGCACGGUAACGGAUGAGGAGGCAGCACAACGAGACUGCAUUGCAUUGACGGAAGUGAGAUUUCGCUUGCUGCAGGAUGAUGGAGACACGUACAUUAUGUUGGAAAUUGAAAAUGUACUUCCAUUCCUUCGGGAGAUAAACAAGGGUCGACUUUAUCUAGCUGCUAAGACACAAAGAAUGAAGAUAUCUCUACUUCACUUGUUCGGACUGCUUUUCAAUGAAUGUGGUGUUCUAAUACUCGCCUCGGGGCGGGUACUGCAGCGAACUUAGCGCAGCAUAACACUUCAAGUGGUAGCGGGGGUCACAGCCAGUCCGUGUCCGCCUUUGAAACUGGUAGAAAUAGCAGUGUUUUCGAUCCACGACUACCAGCUUGUGCCGUGUCCGCAUGGUCGAAUUGGACUGAAUGUACAGAUGUGGAGUGCGAUUCCACACGACAUCGUUCACGGACACACCUACCCCAUGCCAUCCACGAUGUCGGAGAUCCGAACUGUCUCAGACUACAGUUGCAGGUGCAGCGGGAGGUAAUUCUACAUUUAACUUGUUGUGAAUCUAUAAUUUUAGUUAAGCAUUUACUCACUAGAACGUGGUGACUGUCUAUACUGUGCUUCGACGAGUGCCUCAUGUGAUUAUGUAUAGCACCUAAUUAUGAAUUAUGAAGUCGUGCAAGUGAAAGUUUGCACUUCGGCUAUUCCUCUCCUGUACAUGAUACGCUGUUCUGAAUGCUCCUGCAGCGCUGCAACGAGGAAUGUCCGCACCGAUUCGUAUCGAAUCUAGUGGGCCCGAAGCCUCUUUUAUCAGAGGAAAAUUUUGCAUUUGCUGCUAACCUCGAAGGCGUAAAGAAGUUGUUGAAAGGCUUACGCGGGUGGCAGCUUUCUCUUCUCGUCGCAAGUUUUGUGUCCCUGCUGGCGUAUUUAAUAUACUAUUGCGUGGGGAAAGGCGGAGAACGAAAGUUAGGGGUUUUUUUUUCCAAGUGUAAUCUUGACCUUGCGCACAGAAUGAAUAAAUUGUAAUGUCACUUGACGAGUAUCAUUUCUACAUUAAAUUUGAAAAUUUUCAACGUUUUUCUUCAUGGGAACCAAGGCCGAGGCCAAUGCCUCGCAGUAGAUGGCCGGCAUUUAUGAUGAAAAUGAUAUAGGCUUUUAGACACUAAAUCAGUGUCAAGGUAAGAACCCGGAACGUUCGAGAAAGGACUUCAACUUUGCUGGAAUGAACCUCGAGGAACCCUCAAACCACUAAUGAGCACGGCACUUUUGGAUUCGGGUGAAACGGGUGCCAAGCCGGACGCUGCACAGCAUUUCGACAAUGGACAGACAUCAGUCGGUGCAGAUGGUGGGAAUAAUAAGCCCAGUAAAGCACUUGAGGAAGACGAUGGCGGGACCCUCGAAGGGACUCCAGAUCGGGUAAGCGGGUUGCCUCAGAUUGACGAGAGCGGGGAACAGGAUUCCGCUGAGGGAGAGUAG